AUGUCCCCGACCAACCUUCUCUUACUUGACGCCUUGAAUUCCUCCCACCCCCCUUUCACGGCUCAUUUUGAUAAGCUUAAACCCUACCGCAGCCGAAUCCCCCUCUGCUCCUUCGAUUCCCUUCCCAUCCUCCCCCCCAACCAAAUUCCCCCUAUAGCCUCCGAGUUUACUGUAUCCUCACCCCGUGUCGACAUCGACGCCGACGACGACGAC